AUGAUGAUGAACAAAGCGGUUCUUGGUUCGAUUCUGUUCUUCAUGUUGAUCGGUUCGGUUCUUGUUGAGACUCGUCCGCUUGGUCUAACAAAGACCGAAGAGAAGAACCUCGUGGCUGGUUUCUUCGAUGGCUUAUCACUUGGUUCGAUCAAAGGCUCAGGUCCAAGUCCAGGAGGCAAGGGUCAUAAGUUCGUGGACCGAAGCGGUGCGUUUCGAUUUGACAAACACUCCGGUCCAAGCCCAAGCGGACCUGGUCACUAA